AUGCCGGUUGAGACGCCGAAAGAAACUGUAAACAAGACAGUAGACGGUGACCAUGUCGACUGGACGUUUGACAAUGAUAAACCAUCAUUUGAAAGCACACAGUCUGAAGAAUCUCUACCUUUCAACAGCCAUUCAUACACACCACGUACAACCACUGGAAUUAUAAACGAUCGAUCGGAGGGUGCCCGGCAAAAACGAAAUAAGCAACACAUGAUCCGACGCAUGCAUUCAACUGCAACUGACAGCGGGCUCGGUCUGCUUCCUCGUUGUCGUCGACAGGCAAACACGGUCAACAUGUCGGCACCUCAGUCCACAAGGGCUGUGACAUUCAGGGAUAACUUCAACAAGAACGAUAGGCCACUGAGACGAAAUACCAGUGCUGAUGACCUCUCAGGCGGGCAAGAGACAAGUUUUCCCCGCAUCUCAGAAGUUCAAGCAGAUGAGAUUACAUUCAGUGUCCCCUAUUCUUCCGGCACCUCACGCCCUUUUCAGAACACUGAAUCAAGCCGUGAAAAGUCCACAACCACGGGUGGUUUCCCCCUUCCAUCACAUUCCGCUGCCGCACUAGCAGAUGGUAACUUCAUUGAACAAGGGAAUGAAUCUACGAAACAAAGUACUUCAAGCUAUCUUAAAGAGCAGUUUCAAGCGUUUUUCCAACCCUCGGACAACAAGUUGGCGAUGAAGUUGUUCGGGAGUAAGAACGCCCUUCUCAAAGAGAAACGGCGACAAGUUGAGCAGGGCAAAUGGGUUAUUCACCCCUGCAGCAGUUUCAGGUUCUACUGGGACCUGCUUAUGUUGGUUCUAUUGAUUGCCAAUUUGAUCAUACUUCCGGUGGCCAUAUCGUUUUUCAACGAUGAUUUGAGCAUCCACUGGAUUAUAUUCAACACAAUAUCCGACGUGAUUUUCAUCGCCGAUAUCGCUGUAAAGUUUCGCACAGGUGUCGUGACAAACGACUUUGCCGAUGAGAUUAUUUUGAACCCCAAAGAAAUUGCUCGGCAUUAUCUCAAAUCUUGGUUUAUGCUUGACUUCAUCAGCUCAAUUCCUAUGGACUAUAUCUACCUCAUAUUCAAUAACAAAGACCAUUACAAUCAGUUUCUCAGUGCGGGCAGAACUCUGCGAAUAUUGCGGCUUGCAAAGCUGCUAAGCAUGUUGCGUUUACUUCGACUCACGCGACUGGUCCGCUAUGUUAGCCAGUGGGAAGAGUUCCUUAACAUUGCCAGCAAAUUUAUGGGUAUCUUCAACCUCGUUUUACUCAUGCUGCUUCUGGGACACUGGAAUGCUUGCCUACAAUACUUGAUCCCCAUGCUGAUGGAAUUUCCACCUGACUCCUGGGUCAAACGCUGUAAAAUUGAGGAUGCGGAUUGGUUUCAGCAGUACACCUGGGCCUUGUUCAAGGCUAUGUCUCACAUGCUAUCGAUUGGUUAUGGACGAUUUCCACCAAUCAGCAUUGGAGAUGCUUGGAUCACCAUUGUGAGCAUGAUGAGUGGCGCAACUUGCUACGCACUGUUUGUUGGUCACGCGGCCGCCCUUAUACAAUCAUUUGAUACGUCCAAACGUCUAUACAGAGAGAAAUUCAAACAAGUGGAGGAAUAUAUGGCCUACCGCAAACUGCCUCGCGCACUCAGGCAACGAAUUGCCAAUUACUACGAGCACCGAUAUCAGGGGAAAAUGUUUGAUGAAGCUCAAAUUUUGAAUGAAUUCUCUGAAUGUCUUCGUGAGCAAAUAAUCAAUUACAACUGUCGAGCCUUGGUGGCUGCUGUCCCAUUUUUCACCUACGCGGAUCAGGAUUUCGUGUCUGAGGUUGUGACCAAGUUGAAGUUCGAGGUUUUUCAACCGGGUGAUCUGAUUAUCAAGGAAGGGACUAUUGGUAACAAAAUGUAUUUUAUUCAAGAGGGUAUUGUGGAUAUCAUCACCAAAGAUGGUGAGGUAGCCACCAGCCUCUCAGAUGGAUCGUACUUUGGCGAAAUCUGCUUGCUUACAAACGCUCGCCGGGUGGCCAGCGUAAAAGCCGUAGUCUAUUCAAACUUAUACUCCUUGGACCGAGAAAGCUUCCUUUCUGUGCUUGAAAAUUACCCACUUAUGAGGCGCACCAUGGAAUCCGUCGCGGCGGAACGGCUUAGCAAAAUCGGACAAAACCCUGCGAUUGUCAGUAAUCGUGAAGACUUGAAAGAAGACCUAAAUCUGGUCAAAGAGAUUGUGAGCUCCGUGGUGACUCCGGAGGCAAGCUCGACAGAUCAUGAUUCGGAUAACGAUGAUAGUCAGGCCCAUUUGAAUUUUAAACAACUUCUAAAAUUACGAAAACACAAACCCUCCUGGCGGCGCCAUAAAGUAAAUUAUUCUGGCGAUGAACUUUGUGUAACAAACAAGCCGCCUGACCAGUGUCCAAGAAGAUCCUGUAUGGAUUUGGGAAGGCAGAGAAUCACUAUUCCUACAGCUUUAUCCAAUGUAAAUAUAAUGAGCCGUUUUUUCAAAUCUUCCGGGACGAAACCAAAGUUCGGUUCGGAGAAGAGACUAACACUGGCUGACAACUUAGUAACAGCCGAUCUGACUAGUCCUACGGAGGGCGAGAAUGAGGAUAUACAUUCCGGUCUGCUGAAACCCAAGUCUGAAGACAUCUUUGAUGCGUGUACUGAAGAGACGAGCAACACCUUACCCAAAUUCUCCGUGGAAUCAGAAGAGGAUUGCAAAGCUUCAAAUCUAGCUUAGUAUUCCUUUAUAUCGCUCCAACAGCGCGUUGUGAAUUUGCGUUGUUACUUACGCGUUUUGAAUGCUCACUGCAUCCUAUUUUAGGAAGAUAAACAUUGAGCCGAAGCACACUUAAUGAUUGUAGCAGUCACUUUAAGAUUGACCUGUCAUACGUAUUUUCGUCCUACCAGUACAAACCUGCUCAAGGAUAGAUUCAUCUUGUACAACCUUACACAGUCUCAUCACUCGAUGUUAUUCUGUACGGUUUCAUUUCAUUUCACACACCCAAUUACUUUG